AUGAAGGAGUUUUUGCGGAAGGUGCACGGUGUGUUUUUAAAGGUCGCUCUGUUUCCGAGCACCUUCGGCCGCUCGGCUCGGCGGCCAGCAGCCUCGGAGGUGUUGACCUGCCACCUGCUGCAGCGCAAACUCCCACCCUGGACUUCAUUCUGUGUCCGCUACAGCUCCGUCCACAACGACCAGUUCGGGUUAUCAAACUUUAACUGGAGCGUUCAGGGCACCAACUACCACAUCCUGAGAACGGGCUGCUUCCCCUUCGUGAAGUACCACUGCACCAAAGCGCAUGCGCAGAACCUGGACUUUGAAAACAAGUUUUUCAACAUGCUGAAAGUGAUUAAUCUGGGUGUCCCAUGUUUGGCUUAUGGGAUCGGUUGCUGGAUGGUGAUAGGAGCUGCAGAAACAGUUCACACAAGUCUUGGACCUGUCACCGUCUAUUUUGCCUACAAGGAAGAAGAAGGUGCACAAUACUAA